AUGCCUGCAGACUUCAAUGGAAAAUGGGAGCUGGAGUCAAGUGAAAAUUUGGAGGAUUAUCUUAAAGCACUGGACAUUUCCUUUGCCAUCCGCAAAAUUGCUCUCCACCUCAGGCCAGCAAAGAUCUUUACGCAGGAUGGAAACAACUUUGUGAUAAAGACACAGAGCACCUUUAAGUCCUUUGAGCUGUCCUUUACUGUUGGAGUUGAAAAGGAAGAAAUUACUGAGGGAUUUGACAACCGGGUGAUAAAGACUCUGGUUACCUGGGAAGGGGACAAACUGGUGGCCACACAGAAAGGUGAGAAGGGAAAUCGUGGAUGGAAACACUGGAUAGAAGGAGACAAGCUUUACCUGGUGAGCAUCCAUGUCAUUUUGAUAACAAUGAUAAACAGCUCAACAUUAGUUUCCACAUCAUUAAAUGUAUUGAAACUCAAAAUAGCCUAG